ACAAACAAAGGCCCGUAUGGUCCUCUGUGUUACGAAUGUAAACGCAUGUAGUGCUAUCAUUGAUUAAUCAUUUCUCUUUCACGCGGACAUUAUUGCAAAAUUGAUCACUAGGGCCUCUGGCAGCAGCUGGAGGACAGAACAGUCUGUACGACAAUUAUGCAGUCGCUGUGCUGGCAUUAAUGGACAUUUUCUUGGCUGCGUUUAACCAUGGUUAGUUAAGAAGUACUGGUGACGUUUCAAAGGACUUUGGUUGGAUAUAUCCGUCUUAACAUUUCAUCGGUCAUGGAUCUUCUUAAAGUGUUAAUUCACCUGCUUAUGAGCACAAUGGCUUUCUGCUAUCCAACAACAUUAAAGAAGAAAUGUAUCCAUCACAUGCUGGAGCGAAGAAGUGUAGAUUUAUUAGGGACUGAGAUGAGGAUGGCAUCAGUUAAUUACUUAGAAUUGAAAAAGGGAAUAAGAAGUUUAGAGGAGUGUGUCGAUUUAUGUUGUUCUAACCCUCGAUGUGACGUGGCGCUUUAUAACAAUGACAACCGGGGAAAUGGACUUAUCGGCAGUUGUUCUUUAAUGAGGUGUCAUCCUUUAAAAAACUGUGCUUGGAGAGAAACUGUUACCGUAACUGGGGCAAUGAUAUUUCGAGGGAACAAAAUGCCACAAUGGCCUCACUCGAGACAAGUCGUUGGACCAAAUGUGAAGAAAAUAGCGCAAAGAUUAAAAAGAGACUCAGGGUCUAAGGUCACACAGUUAGUAGUUUUGGGUGACACUGACAGUGAUCAAACUCAAAAGAAGGUGACAAAGGGAACACCUAAUCAACCACAAGUACAGCCACGGCAAGAACAAAAACAACCUGAGCCUUCGCAGCAACCUAAUUCGAACCAAAAACUAGUGCGAACUUCACCUAAACCUUCGAAUGCACCGACCGAGGUGCAGACUCCAAAGGAAAACUCUCGUCCGACGUUGCCAAAAGACGCGAAGACCAAUCAGUCAGUUGUUACACCUGAUCAUGAGAACCCUGUACCAAAGGUCAAAACGCCCGGAAAUGACACCCCGACUGCUCCAAACAAGAAGAAUAUGACAGCACAGGAAGCAAAAGAAGGCGAGAAAGCCAAUCUGACCGCCGUAGGGCAGAUCUACUCCGUUGUAGAUAAGCUGAAAGAUGCCAAGACGAAGUCAGCUGCGCUUCCACAAGGAGCAACUGAGGCGAGCCCUUCGGUGAAGCAGAAUGAGGCACCGAAGUCUCCUGGCUCGUCUAAGUCCAAUGAGACUGCGCAGGCUUCAGGUCAAGACACUAACAAAGCAUCAACACCGCCUCCGCCACCCAAAGCAAGUGGUGACAAUACAACAGUUGCUCCAAGCAAUAAGGAAACACAGCCGCCAUCCAAAGGUGUUAAUGACAACAAGACGGAACCUUCUGCUGAUGGUGAUGAACCUCUAGUGGUGAACCCAGUGUAUGCCUCCAUGAAGCCUAUGACGGAUUCUGUGUCACCAAAGCUGACGUCGCCGUCCGGCGAGAAUAAAUCUGGCACAGACGAUAGUGCAUCGAGCACACUCCUCAGGCGAACCACUCGUGCCCUUAACACUGACGAAGGAGAGGUCUCGAAUGUCACAGCGCCUGCGGGGUCCGAUGACAAGCAGACGACUGUCCCAGCUGAUGCGUCCGAAAUACAAAACAUCUUGGGACAACUUGACCACGAAGAUAAGAAAGGUGGCGCGUCUGUCCAUGUUCAUACCAUAGCGCCAAACGCUACCCAGGCCCCAGCUUCCAAUGAAACAUCGAAGAAUGUGACUGUGCAGCUAAUCGCAUCCAAUGCUACCCAAAUCCCAUCCUCUAACGCAACAGCUACGGCAAAUGUGACUGUGCAGUUGCUGGCAGCAAACACUACCCAGAAUCCAGCUUCUAACGCCACGGCAGCCUCGAAUGAGACAGUGACAGUGACCGGCACCGCUCCUGCACCGAAUGGCACAGAAAAAGCAUUGAAUAGGACCAGGCCAGAAGUUGGUGAAAAAGAUUCCACAACUACCGAACAACGACCCCAGAAUGCAACGAAUUCAAUUACAACAGCACCUCAACCAAAUGUGUCUUCUUCGGUUGUACCAGAGACAACAUUACAGAAUACCACCCCACUACCAGUUACAACCACGAUCAGUUCCGAGCUGUCGUCCCUUUUAGAUAAACUUCUAGGGACGAGUUCGCCACCCGUGGAGACAAAGACGUCAAAAACAGAAGUGAUGGUCACAGCUGAUAGCAAGAAGACGACCAUUUCCAUUACCAAUCAGAAUACGACGCCAGUCGAGACGCCCAAGCCGGGGAAUGUGUCCGAAGUCCAAGCGGACACGAACCACAGCGGUGUGACUGCAAACGGCUCAUUGGUUGCAGCACUGUCUUUCGGAUGCAUCUUCUUCUUCGGCGUUGUACUUUUAAUUGGGAAACGCUGCUAUGACGGCUAUCAAAGGCGACACUAUUCAAAAGUUGACUAUUUAGUUAACGGAAUGUACAAUUGAUGAAACAAAGGAGUAGGUCUGGCACUUAAUAUUCAGCGUAGGCGCUACAGAGCUAAAGGAAGACUGCAGGGGGUAGUGGAAAGGUCAACUGGAAUCAUUAAAGAUCUGUUGAACCACGGAACAGCCGACGAUACGUCUAAUUUUGAAGACUACAAUGUACUGGACUAGUAUUUGCUCAUCGCCGCAUAUGCGUGUCGGCCUGGUCAGGCCGGCACACCCUUCUUCGGUGUCAAUUUAUAUUCGCACCAGAGCUGAAGUUCCUGUUCGUGGCGUCCAAUAAAACACUAUGUAUGAUAUAUGGAGGCAUGUUGGCCAGCUUGGUUUCCGAAGACUGAUUGGGUUUGGGGGGGGGGGGGGGUUGAUGGGUAAGACGAUUUUAUGCUGGGGAAACGGCAACACGAAGCAACCGAACAACGACAGAACAAUCAACACAUUGAUAACUCGUUAUGUCUCCAAAUCCGCAUGUUACAUGUAUGAUUCAUUGGAAGAUUAACCACUCCGUUCUUGUUCUCCGAUCAAAUUCUGAACCCGUCUUUUAUCGAUGAAUACAGAUAGCAAGGUGUCCAACUCCAUGUACAGCUAUAAAUUACAUCCAUGAUUAGCCCAUCAUGUGUAUAUGUACAAAUAUUUGCUACGAGGACAAAAAAUGUGUAAGUGAAAUGUUGUCAGAAAGUCCUCAUGUGUGAAAUAAACGAUCGCUCAAAUAUAUAUGGAUAUAUA